CUCCCUGUCUUUCCUACCGGCGGAUCCACUGAAAGGGACGUGGAUUGCAAAGCAGUGAAUGCAUGCUGCCUCGUUCUUUUGUUUCUGACUUGAUAGCUGAAUGAAGCUCAGGGUGUCAAGAGUUGGCUGUUUUUCCUCGUUCUCUCUCUCUCUGUCAAACACACAAGGUUUUUUUUCCUGAAUGGGGAUUUCUUUGCAAUCGGGACUACCUGCUGCCUUGAGCAUUUUUGCCAUGAAUAAGGAGAGCGGAGUGGAAAAACAAGGGUGCCUGCAGCUCAAGUUGCUGUGUUCCCAGUAAUGUUUCCACUUUGGAUAAACUUAGUGUGUUGUGAGGACAACAGCACAGAGCUGGCAAGAAAUCUGAGGGAGGCACAAUGCUGAUCUGAAAGAGGAGCGCAAGGAAUGAAUAAUCCUGAUCCAUGAACAGAACAUUGUUUAGUUUUUUUUUUAAAGCUGCUGCUUGUUUUGUACUAUCUUGUAUGGAGGAGGAAAAAAAAAAAUCUUCUUGUUGGAUAAAAUUGGUAAAUUGCUGUUGCACCUUACAGUACGGUGUGCUGUAACCGGCUAUCGAAAACGGAUCCUGUGAAAAAAUUCCUUGUGCUCAUUGUCAGUAGCAAAAAAAAAAUAAAGAAAAAGAAAAGAAUUCUGUCUCGCUUUCAUUUCUCCAGAUUCUCUGACCUCUUUUCUAAAGACCCAGUGGGGUAGCACUGAGGGAAGGACCGGUGGGGCGACACACACAUACGUACAAAAAAAGCAGAUAUUGCUUCUCAAACCAUAUGGCUUACUGGUUAGGAGACAGAUACACAUCCUUCUCCUACUAAUUAGUGAUUAGUAAUUUUGAUAUUACAAAUAAGAGCACAACAUGGGCUUUCUUUGUAGUGAUUUUUGUGGCGUCGAGGGGACGAGGAAAACAAAGUAAAUCCUGAGGCAGUGUCUGCACUGGAGGAUACAAAAAGCCCUGUUUCUCUGGACUGGAGAGAGGACAAUAUAUCUUCUUUCCCUAAUGCAUCGGCCCCCCACUUACUGGCCUGGAUUUCGAAUUUAGGGAAUAAAAGAACGUGAAGAUGCACUGUUGUUUGAUAAUAAACUCUUGACAAAUGCUGCAUGAAUACAAGCCCAUUAUUUGAAGACUAGAUUUACUGUAGUAGUAGAAGUCAUUUUGGAAAAGAAGGCGGAGGGAGGGAGGGGGGGACAGGUGCCCUUUGACCCCUGGGAAGCGUUUGUUACCGAAUCAAUUCUUGUUCAAGAAACAGCAGGAGCUACCACUGAUAAAGACUUUUUUUAGUUUUUUGGGGUUACUUUUACAUUUUUCUCUUCUGUAAACGUAUUGCUUUGCGCAGGAAACAAGUUCAAUUCAGCUGCCAACUAACUUGCACACCGUAUGGGUGACUCUUUGUGUGUACAGUAAGACCGAGUCUGGGAACUGGAAGUCACUGCAGGAGUAAACAGUGCGAUUCGUUUUUGGGAGUCUCUUCAGAUCCUCCCCUGGAUAUUAUGACAGAACAAAAUGUGUUGCCUAGAAACCAGAAGAGGCUUUACGGAUUCUAUGCUUUGAAAAGGAUUGUAUUGUAACCCUGAGGGCUCAAGUUUUGUUUGGGUUUGGGUGUAUUUUUUUUACAAUAAUUUUUCUUCACACGGAUUGUGGAGUCCGGUGGGUGGCAUGAGCAGUUGUCAAUAUCCCACACCCCUUCCUGAUAGGGACGCAAUGUACCAGCAUAAAGUCUCCCUGGUGGUGCGGUACUUCAUGAUUCCCUGUAAUAUCUGCUUGAUUCUGCUCGCGACGUCUACCCUGGGGUUUGCCGUUCUCCUCUUCCUCAACAACUAUAAACCAGUUCACUUUACAGCACCCCAGCCAGCAGAUGUGUGUCGAGGGAUGCUGUGUGGGUUUGGAGCGGUCUGUGAGAAGGACGUGGCUGAUCCAUCCAAAGGAGCGUGUGUCUGUAAGAAAGUGUCUUGCCCGUCCGUGGUGGCCCCGGUGUGUGGAUCUGAUUACUCCACCUAUUCCAAUGAGUGCGAGCUGGAGAAAGCACAGUGCAGCACACAGAGGAGGCUCAAGGUGAUCAAGAAGGGACCGUGUGCUACAAAGAACCCUUGUUCCGAAGUGACCUGCAGUUAUGGCAGCACCUGCAUCCAGUCUUCUGACGGCCUGUCUGCCAAGUGUAUGUGCCCGAUCUCCUGUACCAAGCAGCCAGAGAAGGUGGUGUGUGGCAGUGAUGGCAAGGACUACAGGAAUGAGUGUGAGAUGAACGAGUUCGCCUGCGACCACCAGAAGAACAUCAACAAGCAGUUUGAUGGCCCGUGUGACCCCUGUAAAGAUAACCAGAACAACCGGGAUGAGGGUUGCCGUGUGAUUCCCAGGAGCCGGCAGAUUGUGAGGUUCCCUUUGCCAGAGAACUGCCCCCCCAUAAAAGAGCCACUGUGUGGCAGCGACGGGACCACCUAUCCAAAUGAGUGCAGCAUGCUGCGCACUGCCAGUCAAAAGGGCAUACAGCUUUUCAAAGUCCGUUCUGGCUCCUGCCAGCCUCAGGACAAGUGCAAGGAGGAAUGUAAAUACAACGCUGUAUGCCUUAACCGCAAACCCGUGCCCCGCUGCUCCUGUGAGCCCAUUGAGUGUGACGGCACCUACAAACCCAUCUGCGGUCGAGACAGCAAGACCUACAGCAACGACUGCCAGCGCCAAAAGGCAGAGUGCAUCCAGAAAACCCACAUUCCAGUGAAACACGAGGGGCCUUGCGACCUCAGUGCCCCAAGCCCCUGCCAUAAAAAGACCUGUGAGUUUGGUGCCACCUGCGUGGUGGAGAACGGCAAGCCGGUGUGCGAGUGCUUGAGUGUGUGCCCUCAGGUUCAGGACCUGGUCUGCGGAGAUGACCACCACACCUACAGCAGCCUUUGUGAGAUGAACGCCAUGGGCUGUGCCUCUCUGAAAAAAAUUAAACUCAAGCACAAGGGACCUUGCGAACUCUGCGGCAAGUGCCAGUUCGGGGCUAUCUGUGAGUCUGAGACUGGCAGGUGUGUGUGCCCGACUGAGUGUGUGGCUUCCAACCAGCCUGUGUGUGGCACUGACGGCAACACCUACCAGAACGAGUGUGAGCUGCAUGUGCGAGCUUGUACCCAGCAACAGAGCAUUGAAGUGGCCGGGCAGGGAGAGUGCAAGACCUGCGGUGCAGUAACCUGCGCCUUCGGUGCCCAGUGCAUGAACAAUCGCUGCGUGUGUCCCCGCUGUGAUAAGCAGUCCUUCGCCCCAGUCUGUGGCAGCGACGGCAUCACCUACGACAACCCCUGCGAGAUGCAAGCCGCCUCCUGCCAGCUCAAGAAGAAGAUUGAAGUCUCCCAGUCUGGAAGCUGUGAUGAAGAAUGUGGCUCUGGUGGUUCUGGCUCAGGAGAGGACAGUGUGUGCGAGCAGGAGCGAUGCAAGAGGUUCGGAGGCUCCUGGGAUGAAGACACUGAGGACGACCGCUGUGUCUGCGAUUUCUCCUGUGACAACGUCCCCCGAAACCCGGUCUGCGGAAGUGAUGGAAAGACACACAGCAAUGAGUGUGAGCUGAAGAAGACACGCUGUGAAGAACAAGACGAUGUUCAAGUCAUGAACCAGGGGCCCUGCGAGGCUGUUCCUGCACCUUUAGCCCCCACAGCGAUGAGCCAGCACUGCAGCCAAACAGUUUAUGGCUGUUGCCUUGACAACACGACUGCUGCCCUUGGAGUUGGCCUGGCAGGCUGCCCCAGUACCUGUCUGUGUAAUCAGUAUGGGUCGUAUGGGGGUACCUGUGACCCCAGCUCUGGUCAGUGCUCUUGUAAACCAGGACUGGGUGGACAGAAGUGUGACCGCUGUGAACCAGGAUUCUGGAAUUUCCGGGGAAUCGUCACGGAAAACAAGAGCGGCUGCACCCCCUGUAACUGUGAUGUCACUGGCUCAGUCCGAGACGACUGUGAACAGAUGUCCGGGCUGUGCUCCUGCAAGACAGGGGUGAUUGGCAUGAAAUGCAACCAGUGUCCAGACGGCAGAGAAAUGGGAGUGAACGGCUGCGACAAAGGUCCCUCUGCUGUCGCAUCGUGCACCGGGGUGCAGUGUGAGUUCGGUGCUUCCUGCGUGGAGGUUAAUGGGAAUGCUUUUUGCGAAUGCCCUUCAUCUGACUGUGACGAAAAAAACAAGACCAAGGUCUGUGGUUCUGACGGAGUGACCUAUGGUGACCAGUGCCAGCUGAAGACUAUUGCCUGCCGACAGUCCAUGAAAAUUACCAUUAAACACACGGGGCAGUGCAGAGAAAACAUCCCUCAUGGAUCGAUUGCUGUUCCCACGUCCACCCCCUCCACUCCCACAACCCGUGCCAAACGACCAACCACCACCCUCUCAGAUCCCAUUGAAGAAGAGGAGGAGGAGGAGGAGGAGGAGGACGCUGUCACCGCCUCACAGGUCCUUGUUGAAGCGCUGCCAGUGUUAACUACCAGCGCUAGCAGGCUGACAACAAGACCUCCCAGCACCACCAAAUCACCCUCCCGCUCCACCAAGCCACCCCUCCCCACCCCCAGAGCCGCACCCACAGCUCGCCCCACCACCAGCUCUCCCACCGUCACCCCCUCCCCAUCAACUCUCUCCUUCGAGGACUCUGGCAGCGGGGAACCCAGUGGGGAACCCAGCGGGGACGAUGACCUUGAGGCUAGCGGAGCAGCCGAAACUAGCGGAGAUGAGCCUAUCGAGCCUACUGUCGAGGUUCGCCCCACGACGACUGCAAGCCCAGCAGAGAGGUCACCCUGCGACAAUACAGCCUUCGGGUGCUGUCCUGACAGCAAGACCGCUGCCACUGACACAGAGGGAGCCAACUGCCCUCUUCACCAUGCUUCUACUAGCCUCUUGGACCCGUGGGACAAAGAGCAUGCAACCAAGGAGUUCCAUGCAGUCCUCAUCCUGGAGGAAGUGGAAGGUCAGGAAGUGUUCUACACCCCAGAGAUGGCCGACCCCAAGUCAGAGCUGUUUGGAGAAACGGCCAGAAGCAUUGAGAGUGCACUCAACGAGCUGCUAAGAAAGUCUGAUGUGGAGAAAGAUUUCAAGAGCGUCCGUGUCCGAGACCUAGGCCCGAGCGGCUCCAUACGUGCCACAGUGGAAGCCCACUUUGACCCAGCAACCACCUACACUUCCCAGGAUGUGCAGAAGGCCCUCCUCAAACAGCUGAAGAUGUCCAAGAAGAAGGCCAUUGCUGUUAAGAAACCAGAAGAGGAGCAUAUCAGAGUCCUGGACUUCGACUGGGUACCAAAUCCAUUUGCCACAACCACCACGACAACCACAGCAGCCACCACUGUCCCCCCCACUACCACCACCAUCACCACCACCACCACCGCCCGGCUCCUGAGCAGCACACGGAGGAGGCCAGCCACUACAGCACGCACCACCAGACGACCUUCCACGGCCAGGAGAGCCACCACGCCUGCCCCUACCACCACCACCCCAACUCCCACUACCCCCGGCAAGGUGUUCUUUCCUCCCCGUCAGACACCCUGUGAUUCCCAUCCCUGCCGACACGGAGGAACCUGCGAGGAUGACGGCCAGGAUUUCACCUGCAUCUGCCCAGCCGGGAGAGGAGGGUCUGUCUGUGAGAAAGCUAUUAAAUACUACAUUCCUGCUUUUGGUGGCAAGUCUUAUCUGGCCUUCAAGACUAUAAAGGCCUACCACACGGUGCGCAUCUCCAUGGAGUUCCGUGCCUCCGAGCUCAGUGGCCUGCUGCUCUACGACGGACAGAACCGCGGCAAGGACUUCAUCUCGCUGGCUCUCAUCAACGGCUUUGUGGAGCUCAGAUUCAACACCGGUUCAGGCACUGGCAUCAUCACCAGCAAGAUCCGGAUCGAGCCUGGUAAAUGGCACCAAGUCCUGGUGAAUCGCAACCGUCGCAAUGGCAUGCUGUCUGUGGACGGAGAGCCGCAUGUCAAUGGAGAGAGCCCGGCUGGAACGGACGGGCUGAACCUGGAUACAGACCUCUUCAUCGGGGGAGCCCCUGAGGACCAGAUGGCUGUUGUACAGGAGAGGACUUCAGCUGCUUCAGGCCUUGUGGGCUGCAUACGCAUGCUGGACGUCAAUAACCUGGUCUACAAGCUCCAGGAGAAAGAGGGGGAUGUGUUGUAUGGCACUGGGGUCGGAGAGUGUGGCAACAACCCUUGCCACCCCAACCCUUGUAAGAACGGAGCUCGCUGCCAGGUGAAGGAGGCAGAGAUGUUUCAUUGCCAGUGCAUCAACGGCUUCUCGGGCCCUACCUGUGCUGACGAGCAUAACCCAUGUGACCCCAACAAGUGCCAUUCUUCAGCCACUUGUCUGGUGCUGCCUGAGGGCGGGUACAAGUGUGAGUGCCCAAUGGGACGAGAGGGAAAGCACUGUGAAAAAGAAAUGCAUGACCAGACCAAGGCUUUCAUCCCAGAGUUCAAAGGGGAUUCUUACAUGGAGCUGAAUGGACUGCACGCCUUUGGAAUUGAUCUGAUGCAAAAGCUGAGCAUCACUGUGGUGUUCCUGGCAAAGGAUCUCACAGGCCUGAUCUUCUACAACGGACAGAAGACAGACGGCAAAGGAGACUUCAUCUCGCUGGCACUGAACGACGGCACGCUGGAGUUCAGAUACGACUUGGGGAAAGGCCCUGCAGUGAUCAGGACUAAGAACAAGAUUCAGCUGGACGUCUGGAAUGUGGUAACUUUGGAACGAAACGGUCGUAAAGGUGUGAUAACUGUGAACAAUGGGGAAGCAGAGAGAGGAGAGUCGCCGAAAUCUCGCAAGGACCAGCAUACCGCUCUCAACCUGAAGCAAUCCCUGUUUGUGGGCGGAGCUCCUGAUUUCAGUACACUGGCCCGGGCUGCUUCUGUUAACAAUGGGUUCACUGGAGCCAUUCAAAAGAUUUCACUGAUGGGCAUUGUGGUUCUGAAGAAGGAUUAUGUCCUGAAAGCCGUGGAUGUCUCGGUGUACCGUGCUCACCCCUGCUCUAAGAGCCCCAGUGUGUGUCACAACGCAGGGAUCUGCCACCCCAAACUGGACUCCUAUGAGUGUGUGUGCCAGCAUGGCUUCUCCGGCACGCGCUGUGAAAAUGCAAUCGUCGAGAAGUCAGCAGGAGAGACUGAAGCGAUCGCAUUCGAUGGCCGGACAUUCAUGGAGUAUCACAACGCAGUGACAAAGAGCCAAGUGACCAAUGAGAUCCCAGAUCCUGAAUCUGUGGACGAUCCUUUGGACCAAAGUGAGAAGGCCCUUCAGGUGAACAGCUUUGAGCUCAGUAUCAAGACAGAGGCCACACAGGGUCUGAUUCUCUGGAGUGGCAAAGGAGUGGAAAGGUCCGACUACAUAGCCUUGGCCAUUGUGGACGGGCACGUGCAGAUGGCCUAUGAUCUUGGGUCCAAGCCAGUGGUCCUCAGAUCAACCAUCCCGGUCAACACAAACAAAUGGAUCAAAAUUAAAGCCAGCAGGGAACAGAGAGAUGGCACGCUACAGGUCGGCAAUGAAGCUCCUGUCACCGGAUCAUCUCCUCUGGCAGCAACGCAGCUUGAUACUGACGGAGCACUCUGGCUUGGUGGACUGGAAAGGCUGUCUGUGGCUCACAAGCUUCACAAAGCCUACAGCACAGGCUUCAUGGGAUGCAUGAAGGAGGUGAUCGUGGACAGCCAGGAGCUGCAUCUUGUGGAGGACGCUCUAAACAACCCCAAAAUAUUACACUGUUCGUCCAAAUAAUGAACGCCGCCGCCCACCUUGUCUAUUGCUGUAAUUAUUUUCUAUUUUUGUAUACUUUUAUUGCUUUUAUAUUGGAAAUGCAUUUUUUUUUGGUUGUUUUUUUUUGUUUUCCUGUUCUUUUGCAGAAUGUCAAGCUCCUUGAUUCUACACAAUCCGACCAAACAAGUAUCAUAGGUUAUAUAAAAAUUACAUUGCACAUGGUAUUUAAAGAAACAAACAUUAAAACGUACUUGAACGUUCAUGACGACAUUGGUGCUUCUGUUGGCUUCUUGUGGCUCUGUGGUUCGGUAUCCUAGUUGUGUAUUAGCCUAUCUAAGUUACCCUGUUUAACUAUGACUGGAAGCAAGGUAUUAACAGAACAGAACUAACACCAAAACGCUAAGGGGCCUGAGGAUACAUGACCAUGCUAACAAGUCCGGGCUGUUUGUGUUACUGUGGCUUUUUUUAUUUUUAUUUUUUUAUAAUAAUUUAUGUGUUAAAUGUAUCUGUGACUUUUAGCUUACUGAUUUAUGUAAGAUAAAUAAACUAACUGAUGUCGGCUGUGGUAUUAUAAGAAUGCGUGUUUGAGAAUCAUUAAAUGUACAUCAAUAUGUAACAUCUCACAUGGCAAUGGUAUAUUGGUGUAAAGUAAAAAUGAAUCCUUUGCAACUUAAAAAUGAAACUUAAACUAUGGGAUUUUAGCAAUAUACAGGUCUUAAUGCAGUGUCCCUUUUUUGACAGAUUAUUCAAGUAUUAGCUCACAAAUGCAUUCUUUUAAAUCCUUGGUCGACAUAGGGAGUAUGUAGUAAUGUUGUAUUAAAAAAAGCAUUCCGGGCAGUUAAAACUUUCAACUAUAUCUAAAUAUAAAAUUCCAUUGGACUAUCAUGUGGAAGCCUGAAACUGUGUAUAUUUUAGUACAUGCAAGAAUAUGCCCCUAUGAUUUCAUCUUGCCAACUGUGUGCUGUUUUGUCUGCUGGGGAAUCUUAGCCCUGCAUGUUAAUUUGGGUUAAAAACAUAGCAAAACCUUUCUUUUUUAAAAAAACAAAAUUAAACAAAUGGCAUUAAAGUGUGUCUAAUUUAAGGACUGAAACUCAGAAUUGUGUAAUUGUGUAAAAGUCAAGCAUGCUACUGAGCCAAGCAACAAAAUCAAAACCGCCUCUUGUAUUGAACUGAAAGCUAUGUUGUUGUUUUUUGUUAUCUUUCUAAUGGUGUAGAAAACUUGCCUUUUAGAAUUGUGCCAACCGAAAGUCCAAUACUUCUAUGUUCCACCGGGUGGCGCUACAACACAAGCAGAACAGUCUUUACAAUAACUGUAGGGUGACUAGAAUUUCCUCUAUUGAUAUUGGGGGACAAAUGCUGAAUGUUCCUGGUUCACAAAGGAAUGUACACAACCAACUCUACUAAAAUGGGCCCUGUGCUGUAUAUAUCAACAUUGAGGGAGCUGAGAUUUCUUUCAAAUACCCCUUUCCAGCACGAGCUAAAAUCUAUGAUUUGUUACACCUAAACUGCAUUUGGACCCUGCAUCUGUGAGCUAUGGGUCUACAAAAAAAGAAUGCAUGGGAUGCAUUUUGAAGAUGAAAUCUUGUAGCUUGUAUAAGGAAAGGUAUAUUUAUCAAUGGUACUGACUGCUGCACAGUCUUGGAAUUACUGUAAUAUGUACACAUUGCAUCUACAAAAAACUGCUUCUUCAGUACAGUAUGGCAUUGUCAUGGUUUUAUUUUGUGCCCCAUUAGACAUGAUACUUUUGUGCAGGCCUGUGAUCUGAUCUGUAAAUUAGCAAUGUUUUCUUGUUAGAUGCGUUAGUAUUAUACACUGGAACAAAGUAUAGCCUCUCAUUUAGAAUAUACAAAAACGUGCAGAACCUAAGUCACUAUUGAUGGGGAGGGAGGGUUUUAAAAAAAAAAAAAAACAUUUAUGUAUCUAUAUAUUAAGCAUAAUUUUGAGAGUUUACUGUUUCCUUCUUGCAGUAUAUAGGGGCUUAUUGUAGUGCAGUAAUUGUAUAUAUAUAUAUAUAUAUGGGCUGUAAACAAAAUUUUAAAAAUACAUUUGGUCAGUUUUGCACAUAUGGUCUGUUUUUUUAAGCAUAAUUUAAGUUAACUUUCUUUUUAAAUGAGUGUUUAAGACUACUGUAGCUGUGCAUUAAAUUGAAUGGCGGUCGACCAUAAGCCCAAGGGAAUUCAGUAGUGUUCAGGAAAUAACGACAUGGCAAAAACAAAAGUCUAUAUCAUUCUUGUCCAGAUAAUGCCUUAAAACCUGAAAUCGCCAUGUUUUUGGUGAACACAUUUGUGUGCAUAUUGUUUGGUGCACUUAUCUUUUUGCCAGUAUAUUACAACAAGUGUUUCUUCCCUAUAAUGUAAAAAAAAAACGAAUAAGCCCAGAAUGUUUUUUAAAAGUAUUUUUCCAGUUUGUAUUCCUUAUUUAUGUGUCUUCACAUGGUUUUAAGUUUGGCCUUUGUAAACUGUAUGACAUAACUGAAGGACAAUGCACAGUGUAUAAGCAGCAUGAUGUAACCAUUACUAACUUUAUUACUUGUGUCUAAUGUCCGAUUACCAUCAAUUAAAGUGUAAAAACCUA